GCUUUAUAAAACACGGCCAUUUUAGAUCUCACUAUUUCCAUGUGAAUUGGUGUCUUAUUGUAUAUUAAAAUGUUGAUAUAUUGGCUAAGGCGGUGGCACCACGUAAUUUGUAUAGAGGGAGGGGGUGGAACAUUCUGUGCUUGCGCCUAGCCGAGGUUGCAGAUAAACCAGUGGGUUAUACAACUUAUGCUACGAUUCUUUGUGCUGCAUAGAACUUCUCAGAGACAUUUUUAACAGCAGCAUCAACACUAAGACAUUAGCAUAUCCAUUGCAGUAAGGUUCCAGCAUUACAAUGUUUGAGGGUGUUGUAGCAACCAUUCUGAACCGGUACCUUGGCAAGUACAUUCAAGACCUUGACACUGAAAACCUCAAUGUUGGUAUUUUCAGUGGAGACGUUCAGCUUACGGAACUGAGACUGAAGCCUGAAGCUCUGUAUGAGCUUGAUGUACCAAUUGAAGUGAAAGUAGGUACCAUUGGAAGAAUUUGUUUGAGUAUUCCAUGGACUGGGCUGUAUACUCAAUCUGUAACCGUGUCUGUGGAGGAUGUGUAUGUUAUUGCUGGGCCAGUUGUUGAUCGACCAUAUGAUCCUGAAAAGGAGAAGAGAUUAAUUCGAGCAGCAAAGAAGAAGAAAUUGGAAGAUUUGGAAGGGGAGAGCUUACUGUCAACAGGACCUGGUGAUGCCAAGACAUUUCUUGAAAACUUGGUAACUACAGUAAUCAACAAUCUCCAGAUAUAUAUUCGUAAUAUUCAUAUUCGGUAUGAAGACACAGUUACAAAUCCAGAUUGCUCCUUUGCCUGUGGUAUGUGCAUCCAGAGCAUAUCAGUGGAAACAACUAACAAUAAGUGGAAGCCCUCUAUCACACCUCAAGGGGCAUCUUCAUUGUACCAGUUGGUUCGCAUGGAAUCAUUUUCUGUCUAUUGGAAUCCUUCAUGUGGUGCAAGUGGUCUUGUCACUGACUUGAUUGGCCCUGGAUCUGCGCCUUACUGCUGGCGAAAUGAGAUGAGAAGAGGUUUGGAGACUUUCAGUAUCAACAAAGAUGACUUUGAUUUCAUUGUGAAGCCAAUCACUGCUAAAAUGAAGAUCAUUGUGAAUAAAUCAAAUGAAGCUCGUGUUCCCAAGCUGUUGGCAGACUUUGUUCUUCAAGAUGCUGCAACUCAACUGUCUCGUCAGCAGUUUCUGUCCAUCAUAGGACUUACAGAAUCUUUUCAACGUAUGAGUAUCAACAGAAACUUCAGGCAGUUUCAUCCAGGUGUGUCUGUCAGCAAUAACACUCGUAAAUGGUGGAAGUAUGCUUAUGAUUCUGUUUUGGAACAGAGGGUAAGGCCAUACACCUGGCAGCACAUUAAAUCACACAGGGAACAUUACCGAAAAUACAAGAACACAUAUAAGAAAACACUGCUGAGUCCCAAUGACACAGAACUAAGACUGGACUUACAGCUACUGGAGGAUCAGCUUGCAAUUAUAGACAUCGUAGUUGCAAGAGAACAUGCCAAGAUUGAGCUUUACCAUGAAGAUCCCGAGCACAUUUUAGUACAUGAAAAUGAAGCAAAGUGGUGGGAUAUUUUGGUUCAAGAAAAGUCUGUUGAAAUGCAAGUACGGACUGAGAAGGAACGUGGUCUCUGGGCACAGCUGUCACUUGCAGAAAAGAAGAAACUGUGUGAAGCAAUUGGCUAUGUGGAAGGAGCUGCAAGACCACAUAAGCCAAAACAAUAUACAGAACACAAAUUCAAUUUUACACUGGCCAACUGUUCACUCAGCCUAGUGAAUCACAGAAGAGAAGUACUUGUGGUGACGCUGACUCAGUUUCUUGCAAGUCUGGAGACCAGACCAUCGGCACAGGCAUUCAAAGUUUCAGCACGUGCAGAAAGUUUUGUUGUUGAAGGAGCAAGUGUGGAAAAUGACCUCAUUCCUAUGGUUACAGCAGAUAAUAUUCUUUCAGGCAAUACAUCAUCAAAUUUUCUUGCUGUAGACUUUGAGAAACAUCCAUUAAAUUGUGAAGCAGACUUUGGACUUGGUGUCAGUUUAGAGCCAGUGGAAAUUGUGUAUCAUGAGCAUGCUGUUUCAGAAAUCAUAAACUUCUUCCAAACAAGGUCUGUGACACUUCAAGAUGCAAUGGACUUCUCCAAACAGGGAAUCUCUAAAGCUAGUGAAGUGGGAAGGGCAUUGGUCGAGUAUGCAAUUGCUCGCCGUAAAACCAUCGAUAUCAACAUGGACCUUAAAGGUCCAUACUUUGUAGUACCAGAACUUGGAUCUGUUCAGAAGGGUGGCAGUAUUGUGGUGGUGGACUUUGGACGAGUGGUAAUAAAGAGUGAUUUGCAGUCUGAGAAUGUAGGCCUUGAAGAUGCUACACAAAUGGAGUUGGAAGAGAGGUUAUAUGACAGACUUCACAUAGAUUUCUCAGAUCUGCAGCUCCUUUUCUGCGAUUCAGGUGAAGAAUGGAGGGAUGCCAGGAAACUGCAGGACACAGAUUAUCAUUUAGUCCCAAAGAUUCGUUGUCAGGUUGUUUUUUCCAAUAGUGUGAAACCUGAAUACAGGCUACUUCCUAGACACAAAUUGAACUUUUCAAUUUCAAGUCUGAAGUUAAAUUUGUCAGACCGUAAAAUUGGAAUGGUGCUGGAUUUCCUGGAUAACCUGCCAUUACCUUCUCCCAAUACACUAAGAGUAUCUGAGGUGGAUUCUGUGCUAGAAAGAGAGGUUGCUGCAGAUAAAAAUAUGGCAAGACUAAUAAUAACUGACAGGAUCAUGCCUGAAUUCAGCAGCACACAGCUUCUCCAGAUCAAGAAGACUGUUGUAAUGGCUGAGAUGUCUCGACAAGAGAAGAAGAAUGAACAUUUUGACAAGUCAGCAGCGAAGUUGGCAAUGCUUGAGGUUGAGAAGAGCUUCAUAUCAUCAGAUCAUAGUGAUGAGGAAAAUGAACUUUGGGCACGCACCGUAGAUCUUCCUGGAUUUGAUGAUAAUGUUUCACCACAGAAUAUUAUUACUAUGCUUUUGAGACUAAUUGUUGGUGAGGUCGUGCUUCAAUUAGCUCGAUCCAACAACAGGGUGGACAAGCCAUACCUGAUGCUGCAAGUAAGCAAGGUGUGCUGGGACAUGGCUGUUAUGGAAUAUGGACCGGCUGUUCAAGCCAGCAUUGGCGGAAUCCAUCUUAUAGACAAGAUUCACACUGGUUGUUCUGGGGAGUACCUGGAGUUGAUAUCCACUGAUAAUGCAGCAGACAUGAUAACACUACUGUAUAGGAAGGUGCAAGCAAACUGCCCAGACUUCAAGUCUCAUUUCCACAGUGUGGAGCAGUCACUCGUUCUGGACUUUACAUCACUCUCAGUUGUGUUUCACAGGGAAGCCUUCUCAACUCUCAACAAGUAUUUGCAGUACCUGCUGCAGAAGAUUCAAACAAGGGAGACACACUUACGACCUUUGGUUCAUGGAUCCCCCACCAUGAUGACUUGGCUGUUUUCUGGGGAAGCAGACCCACCCAUACCACCAGGUGCCACUAAAUUCAGUUACUCUACAAGGCUUGGAGACAUCAGAGUAAGGCUGUGUGAUACUGAUGUGGACUUCCUUGAGGUUAAGGUUGCUGGCUUGGAGAGUGACUGUCUGUUCAAAGCAAAUGAAAGAAUGGUUCUGAGAAUAUAUCUCACAACACUGGCUGUAGAUGAUCUAUCUGAUAUGACUUUAUAUCCAAAGAUACUGACCAUUGAAGAAGAUAAAGUGUUUGACUUUAAAUAUGUGAGACACAGUCCGAAAUUAUACACUCAGUCUGAUCUUGGACCAAAUAAAGAUGAUGUGAAGUCUGAUGGGAGUCUCAGGUUGCACAUUGGGAGGAUCCAUGUUGUGUUACUUUACAAACUUCUUGUGAACUUACAACACUACAUGGAGCCAUUCAUUCACCCUGGAGUGCCUGCAUAUGUUAUAAAUGCAGCUGAGAAGUCUGCUGAGCAACAGAUUGUUCAGUUGCGAGGCUGGAGUACUCGCUUGCAUCUCUCACUGGAUCUUCAUGCUCCAACACUUCUUCUGCCACAGAAGUCAUCCUCACCCAAUCUCAUUGUUUUGAAUAUGGGUGACUUGAGUGUUGAAAACUUCUUCAAGGAGAUGACACGUUCACACUUCCCGUAUGUGACAUCUGGUUCAUCGUCCUCAGUCUCAGCCAGUGAAGUGCCUGUUGUGGACAAUGUUCUGGUUCGCUUGGAGUCUGUGCAAGUAUCAAGAGCAGUCAUGACUCUAGCAGGCUCUCUUGAGAUACAAGAACCAAUUUUGGAACCAAUGAGCAUACGACUUGAUGUGAAGAGGAUGGUGGCAUAUCAUCACACCAUGAACUCAUUGCCCCCUGCACCUGGUCCAUACUUACAGCUGCACAGGGAUUUAUUACUGUAUGAAAUUGAUGGGGGGAUGGAAAAUGUUCGGAUUAACAUUGGGCAGCGUGACUUGGCCACCCUUUUGUCAGUCUGGAGUGACAACCUUGCUGAAGACAGAUUUAUGGAUAUGCAACCAAACUCAGAUUCUACAUCCCCCAUCGAACCCCGAACACCCAUAAAUCCAGCAGAGGAUUCAACUGUAAAGAAGCUGCAAGCAUUUUUCUGUCAGACUGAACACGUGCGACGGGAGUCCAGCAUUCAUCUCACAUUAGAUGGACUGCAGUUGUACCUCUUCAAUGACAUGGAUGAGGUUCUUAGUUCUCCAGUGAGAGACUUGAAUCAUGGGCUGUGCAAAUUGGAUAUUGGAGAAGCAGCAUUAUCAUUGGAUACUUUCACAGACCAUAGUUUGGAACUGAAGAUGGCUCUACAAUCAUGCCUCAUGGAGGAUAUCCGUCCACACGACAAUAUUAUAAUCAAGAAAAUAUUUCAGUCCCACAGUGGUGAAAUGAAGAUGGAUUCUAGUCCCAUCUCUGUGUCCACUCCACCAAUCAUUGAUGUGACCUUUAAACAGACUCAGAGUGGCGAUCGCUGCAUUGAUGUCCUUGUGGAGAAAAUAAGACUCAAUCUGUCAGUUCCAUUUUUUAUAAAUCUUGGACGAUUCUUGAUGGACUCUUUACCAGGGGAGCAUCCCACUGAUGGUGGAGUUGUAAACCAUGGUUAUGUGGGAGACUUGGGAGUUCAGAACAAAGCUCCAGUAGAAACCUUGAAACCGGUACCUCAGAGACCGCCCAGCUCUGCCGACAGUACCAGUGGUUAUUUCUCAUCUGGAGCAUCUUACGUUGAUGAUCUAGCUGGAUUGUCAGUGUCAGUGCAACUGAGGAAGCCAGAGAUAAUGCUGUUUGCUGACUUGUCAGAACACAGUGGUCAUGCCCUUCUGCUUCGUACUGAAUUCCUUGUAGACUACAGUCGUCACCCUGGUCGAGACUCAUUGGUCUGUUCUCUAGCAGGGUUACAGAUCCUCUCAAAACUUCAGGGACACAAUAAACAGCCUCCACAUCUGGUCUUACAUCCAUGUGAUAUAGAAUUUGUUAAGAGUUUAAAGUCAGUGGAAGAUGGACUAAAAGUGUCAGCAACUGUCAGCACUGUAAAUAUUCAUCUGUCAGCCAGCACUGUACAUACAGUCAGCAAUGUGAUUGAAGAUAUCCUGAACUCACUUCAAGCUGAAGAAACAGAACUACCAACAAAAAUGGGACAUAAUAUCACCGACUUGGAGGAUAUCUGGUCUCCAAAGAAAAUUCAGCCAUACAUUUUCCCUGAAACUUGUGAAACCCUGCUGUAUGGUCAGCCAUCAUAUCCUGAAGGAAGACCAAGGGAAACAUUCACAGUGGCAGUCCCGAAGAUACGUGUGGUUUUUGAGCUUGAAGGUGGAAAUCAUAGGAUUCCUGUUCUUCUUUUUAAGUCAUCUGUAGAAGCCAGUAUCAAAGACUGGUCCAAGCAGAUGCACAUGAAGGCCGAAAUCCAGAUGCAGGCCUCAUAUUAUAAUGACAGAGUUGGAGCUUGGGAGCCCCUCAUUGAACCCUGUGUGGAAGAAGAAAAUGUCUACAGACCUUGGGAGGUGUUAGUGAAGGUUUUCCAUGCUAAAGCUUUCCCAAUUUCAAGUCGACUAGACCAUGAUAUGGAGACAGAAACAGACCAUAGUCGUGUAAAGAUUGAACAUCGAACACAGGACAGAAAAGCUGAAGAAUCUGAAACAUCUGCUGAUGAAACAGAACCAGAAAAUGGGAUGACAUUCAUAAGGAGGCACAAUGUUGAAUCACUACUUGCUUUGAAGAGAAAUGCAAAUGAAAAUGUGAGCUUAAUUGGUUAUCCUGAUGAUUCAGAUUCAGAAAAUGAGGAAGGUGUCUUGGAAAAACUUGCAGGUGCUAUAGGACAUUUAUUUACUGGAGAUAGCAGUGAUGGAGAAGGAAGUGAAUCAGAGGAUUCCAGUGGGGCUGAGCCUUCUGUUGAGACUGAGGAGGCCUCUGAAAUAACUAUGAGUUGUGGAAGCACUGUUAUUGGCAAGGACGAAAGGGCAAUAUUCCUCAAGAAACAGAAUGACUCCAUAGACUCAGGUUUGGAGACAGAGGCACCAGAUCGGCUUGCAACUUACAUAAUGAUGGACGCAAGGGAUCAACUAAAUAUAACACUGACCCCAGCAGGCAUGCAAGUGUUGCAUGACCUUGCUAUAGCAUUUACACAUAGUAUUCCAGACAUCCCAUCUGCUGCAUUUCAUGGACUGGAAGCACCUCUCUCACUUCAAAAUGACCUGGGACCCUGGGCAAAAAUCACACUGCUGUCAAGGGCUGAGAUUUCACCUGAUGGGAAAGACAGAAUUGUCAUGACAGCAUUGUACAAUAAGUCAGAUUCACUUCCAAGUAGCCCAGCUUCAACAACUACUGGUUUAGCGGACUUUAGUCCACCUGACUCUGACACAGACAUAGAGAGCUUUGAAGGAGGAUUUAAUACUCAGAGCAGUGAAGGAACCACAGGUCAGGAGCUGUUUUCACCACUGCUGAGGUUUCCUGGCGAGUCUGUGACCAAACUCUACAAAAAAGUGACAGAUGAAAGAUUGAUCAUUGAUGUGGAAGGUUUUGACAGACUUCAGGUAGUGGCCCCACAGAGGUUGGUGAGCAAGUUGCAUAUGCUGCAUCCUAUGAAGAACAACACCCGAUAUUAUGCAGUAGUCAGUGUGGAUACGCACCAUUUCCAUCGCAAAAUAUUGGUCAGAUCUCCCCUGCAGGUGAAGAAUGAAACAUCAUAUGCCAUGGGACUAUACUAUAAGAAAUCCAUGCUAGAUGCCCUUGGAGUGGAGCAUGUUGGAGAGUCAACAAACCCAUUUGAGGACACAAUCAGGGUUGCAAUAGUGGAGCCAGAUGAGACCUUCAGUGUCCCGCUAUAUGUGGCUUACCAUUGUAAACUGUUCAUUCUGCCAGCCUAUGUGGAUAGUUACCACGUCAGUGAAAUAGGACUGUGGUGGCAGGAGCUGGCCUCAGACUUGAACACUCCCAAGGACAUCUACUGUACCCCCAAAGAAGAGAAGGAUGCUACAGUCUUCUCAGUGAGGGCGUUGUGUGUGGAAGGUGCACCAAUGAACAGAGCUUCCCGCUCCAUCCCCAAUUAUAUGAUACGAUUGCUUCCACCACUAGCCAUACACAACAGGCUGCCUUAUGCAGUUGAAGUCAGAGUACCAACAAUAAAAUAUGAAGUUCGCAUUGAAGCAGGGGAAAAAACUAACGUAUAUUUUUUGAAUCUUCUGAAGAUGCACAAAAUCUGUGUUGAGGUACCUUUCUAUUUGGGCAUUCCAUGGAUGGGCUCUUUCAACAUGACUGCAGACCUAGAGGAGAAGACUGUUGCCAUGGUAACCGAGUAUGACACAGAAGGAGGCAAUAAGCAGUUGGGGCUGAACCUCCAUGUGGAGCGAACUGAAACUUGUGAUGUGUUUCUGCAUGCACCUUAUUGGAUUAUUAACAAGACUGGUCUGCCAUUGCAGAUCAGAGCUUCUUUGUCUGAUGUUGUAUAUGAGGCCCAAGGAGAAGAGCCACUGUUAUUCUGCUACAAGAAACAUCGUCGUCAUUGUGUGCGUUUACGAGCCUAUCACUCGUCAUGGUCGUCUGCAUUUUCAUUAGAUACAGUCAGCUGCACAGGACUUGUUGUGUGCAAAGACAGAGAAAGGAAGCGUCGCUAUCGAAUCCUGCUCAGCGUUAUACUGUCAAAGCUUUGCCCACAUCUAACACGCAUUGUCACACUCUUGCCUAACUUUCUGGUUGUCAAUGACACCCGAAAACAUCUCAGAUUCAUGGAAGAAAAUGAGAGGGCAGAUCUGUGGAUUGAUUUAGCAUCAGGGCAGUGUAUUCCCUUCUGGCCUGAUACAGACUCCAUGAGGAUGUAUGUGAAGUUUCGGGACAGCAAAUUAGUGUCACAACAUUUCCCCAUAACACACAUACACCAGACUGUUCUAAGGAUGGAUAAAGGUCAGGCUGGUCUCUGCGUGGAUGUGAGUGGUGGAGGUGAUCAGCCCUUCACAGUAACAUUCCGCAGCUACUGUUUGGGUGAUGCUCCUGUACGUGUUGACAACCUGUGUGAAGAUCUGUUCCUUAAAAUUCACCAGCAGGAUCUAGGACAGGUAGCUCUUCUGAGUCCAUAUCAGUCAAUGUUGUAUACAUGGGACGAUCCCUCAAAAGAAAGAUUGCUUCUGUGGAAUGUCUACAACAAGAAAUCAAAAGGAAUUGUUGCUGAAUUCUGGAAGGAUGGUUAUGGACAAGAACGUGUCAGUUUCCAUACUGUAAAGCAGCCAUGUUUAGUCACAAGCAUGCCAACUGUUACGGCCAAGCUCUCUGCCAGUCUUAAGAGAAUGUCUUCAAAGUCUCCAGUACGGGAUGGCAGCAGUAGCAGUGACGAUACAGAGUCAGAUGAGCAGAAGCCUCAGCAAUUGAAGAAGACAAGGAAAGACAAAGUGACAGUAUACUGGGUGAGCUAUCUGGAAGGUCCCCAGAGGGUACUCUUAUUUACACAAGAUGAAAGGAUAGCAUACCAGGCAAGAAGCAACAUUGAUGCAGAGAAGAGUAACUUGGAGAUGUUUUUAUCAUUUAGUGGGAUAGGUGUGUCACUGGCAUUAGAAUCAAACUACUGCCAGAAAGAGCUGGCUUACAUCAGUAUCUCUGACUCAUCGCCUGUAUGGGAGGUAAUGGUGGCUCACCGCUGGAAAUUGCUCACCCUAGAGCUGGCCUCGUGGAUAGAGGACAAAUGGAAACAAGAUCAAAAGAAGGCCCAAAUGAAGGAUUAUGUACAUGUAGAUUUUGAGAAGAUGCAAAUGACUAAACCUUUCUAUGGUGAUCUGAGGAGGCACUACUAUCCUGGGCUUUGGCUUCAAUAUCGGAAAUCAGAUCACCAAAGUUAUCUCCACUGCAAAUUACACAGAAUACAGGUUGACAACCAGCUACAUGAUGCAGUAUUCCCAACAGUCCUGUACCCUACUCCCAUACCUCGACACAUUGUACGUCGUGUGGGCAUGAAACCCUGCAUUGAAAUGGCUGUGAUGAAGCGACACAGACCUUCUCAAAACCAAGAUGUGUACAAGUUCAUUAAGGUGCUAGUGCAGGAAUUUUCCCUGCAACUGGAUAAGGGCUUCCUUCUUUCCAUGUAUGACAUUCUGUCUAACUGGCAGGUUGAAGAGAAAUCAUCUGUAAGGAUGCGAGCAGACAUUGCGUUGGUCCAUGUUCCCUUAGCAAUGAUUUCUGCAAAGGCUGCUAGUGAAGAUCCCAAAGUGGUUAUUGAGUAUAUGCAUUUAUCACCUUUGGCACUGCAGUUCAGUUUCUCUCCACGGGGUACAGUAUAUCAGAAGAACAGAGUUCGUUCCUUCAAGUCUGAUCUUGUUGAUUUCUUCCUCAACUCAUUUGGAGCUACGCUUACAGAAGUGAAGGGUGUCAAGUUGAAGAUGGCAUAUCUGGAGCAGAAAGGCAGCCUCAUCAGCCUGAGUCAGGAGCUGGAAGAAAUUCAUCGGCACUAUAGCAGCCAGUUGAUUCAGCAGUUCCAUGUCUUGGUACUAGGACUUGAUGUCCUUGGCAAUCCCUAUGGUCUCAUCACAGACUUCACUGAAGGAUUUGGAGACUUCUUCUAUGAACCGUUUCUAGGAGUCAUGGAAGGGCCAGAUGAGUUUGCUGAAGGCCUGAGUCAUGGUGCUCAAAGCCUCCUGGGGCAUGUUGUGGGUGGGACUGCCGGCUCAGUCUCCCUCAUCUCCUCCUCACUGGGGGACCUCCUCAGCAGCCUCAGUUUUGAUGAGGACUACAAGAAAAAACGAUGGUUCUGCCUGCAGCAGGCCAGUGAUCUUCCUGACACAAUCCUUCAGGCCUCCAAAACAUUUGUGAUGGGUGUGGCCCUUGGUCUGUCAGGAGUCAUAAUGAAGCCCAUCAUUGAGCGGGAACUUCCAGGAGCACAACAGGAAGGUGUGGAGGGCUUCUUUAAGGGUGUUGGUAAGGGCUUGAUGGGACUCAUGACUAAACCUGCUGGAGGGGUUCUGGACUGCAUUGCAAUGGCACUAGAUGGAAUUAAAAGAGCUGCUGAAAUGGGUGAGGAUGUGGUGAUGAGGUCAAGAUUGCCACGCUACAUGAACCCAUACACGGGACUAAGGCCCUUCUCUGUGUAUGAAGCAACAGGACUCCAUCUUCUGAACACUCUUAGUAAAAGUCAUUACUCCGACUCUGAUAUCUACUGGGCGCAUGCUUCACUCACCAAGGAAGCAAAAGUUAAUGUCCUCAUCUCACUCCAGCAUGUAUUUCUGGUUGAGAAGUGUCGCCUAUGGGGAACAUGGGAUGUGGAGUGGAUGGUGCGUGUGGAUGACAUCAUGGCAGUACCACACAUAGUAGACAACAAGCUGGUGUUCAAAGUGCGUCAGGAUGAAAGCUUUAACUUCUUCUCUGGAGAUGAGAGAUAUAUUGAGUGCCAAGACACAUCUGUGUUAGAGUGGCUUCAGAACAAGAUUGAAACUGUCAUGAUACUAAACAUGGAGGACAAACCAUGCCCUAGUGAGGUGUGAAGUGACUACCUUAAUGUAGAAGAGACCUGUCUGUUCUUGCACAUGUAUGUAUGUAUUAUUGUAAUCUAUGCUGAUAUGUACAUACUUAUAUGAAAUAUUUUCACAUCAUAUGAUAGGGUCAAUUUGAAUGGCAAGUCAUGCUUGUUUGUUGAGAAAACUUAGAGUAUGUGGGUCCAUUUUGAGGUUGAGGUAAUAAACAUUAACCAUUAUGUAGACUCAGAACUCUGCUGUCAUGUUGAAGUAAAAGUAUGUCCUUUCAUUGCUGGACCUCUUUCUUUUUGACUGAACUUUGUCAGAAGAAACACAUUUCUUCAUGAGAUUUUAACAUUUUCUUGGCAGGUUAUGGGGUCUGGGUUUUUGAUGUGGUACAGCCUUGUAACUGGCUAUUUAUAUGCUGAAGUUAGAGGCAGUGUGUUCCUCUGAAACUUUGGGAACCACAUACAUUGCACAAGACUGCACUACCCAGAAUAUCACAAUCUGAACUUACUUUCAUGUUACUCAGCGUGGCACCUUAAUGUCCUACAUCAUAUCCCUCUGUGGGAGGUAACAGACUUACAGAAGUCUGUCUGAGCCCCUUUUCAUAAUAUAAAACAAAAUAUUAGUUAUAUUUAACUUUAACCAGAUUUUGGAAGUAUGAAAGAGAGGAAAUUAACUCAACUUCUAACCCCAGAUAAUACUACUGAUUUGUUUCUUGGGUUAUGUAUAAAUUACAUAGGAUAUAUAGAAAUGAAUUAUUGGAUGACUGAAUGGGUAAGAACAUGGAAGGAAGCAACUGUGGCAUAUCUGAAAUGGUUCACUUCAGUCAUCCUGACAACCAGUUUAUCUAAGAUCCAUUUUAAUAUCAUCUUACCACUGAUGGUCAACAUUGGUUAAAAAUACCAAGAAAAAAUUGAUGGUGCCAAUGUACAAUUUUCAGCUUUGAUGUUGUUGUUAUUUGCCAACUUCUAAGGCUCUUUAUGCCUGCCUCCUGUUUAUGUUAAAAACCAUCAUUCCACAAAAUGGUAUGAGAUUCACCUGCAGGCCAAGGUACAUAUGGUAGGAUAGGUUACUAAAAUGUAAUAAUAAUAACCACAACAAUAAGAAUUGCAACCACAAGCCAGGCUGUAUAGAGGCUUAACUCUGAGAUCAGGGUUUAACUUCUUUACCAAAUUAAUCAUCAGUAUUAAUAACAGUAAUUCAUAAUCAGUCUGUAGGAAACUGUAACUAUUCAGGUUUUCUGGCUGCUGUUAUUUUAAGCAAAAUCAGUCACAAAAAUUUCAUACAAUAUUUUACUGUUGUACUUGGUAGACAUUACUGUGUUAUUUACUUUAAUUUAUUCACUUCAAAUGUUAUUUAAAAUGUGUAGAUUUAACAGUGACCACUCAUUUUAGGACAGAACUGUUCUUUAAACCAGUUUAUAAAAUGAAUGUACAGUGAAGAAUAUAUCUCAGCCAUCCAG